AUGGCUCAUCUGGCCACCAGCCGAAUUCGUCAUGUCACAAUUAUAGGUCGUCGUGGCCCACUUCAAGCUGCCUUUAUGUUACGGGAAUUUCGUGAGUUAUGCCGAAUGCCAAUGACCAAGCGAACUAAAAAGGAGGGCCUUCACAUUGAAUUCGCUCCAACUGGUGUAUUUGAUGAAACCCUUCUCACUGGGCACAAUCGUGCAGUCCUCCUUGAUGGACUUCCACGGGGCAGACGAAGAUUGAUUGAUUUUAUUCUGGAAAAAUCGAAUUCAUCACCUUCUCCAAUUAAACCUGAAAUAGACGGCGAUCCUCUAAAAUGCGAAUUCCUCUUUCUACGAUCACCUAUUCGAAUUAUUCCUCGUAGCUCUGACCACCCCGAUCCUAGUGUAUCUAAUGUUGCUGGUAUUGAUCUAGAAGUCAAUAGGCUUGUGGGACCCCCAAGUGAAAAUCAAAAGUGUGUAGGCUGCGCAGACAUUCCUCUUGAACGCCUAGACUGUGACCUGGUGGUUCGGAGUAUCGGACAACGAAGUGCUAAAAUUGAUCCAGAUCUGCCGUUUAAUGAGGAGAGGGGCGUGAUUGCUUGCUCAGAUGGAUACGGCCGAGUUCCACUCCCUGCGUGCCUUCAUGGUGUGGAUGAUGGUGGUGCUCAGCUCUAUGCCUCUGGUUGGGCAAAAGUUGGUGCGGUGGGUGUUAUCCUCAACACUCUGGCGGAUGCUAGAUUGACUGCUGAAGGGAUUUUAAUUGAUUUGGCAAAUAGAAAAUCCUCUUCAGACCACGUUGGAUUCGCGGGAAUUCGAAAUAUAGUUGAAAGUCGAGGCAUUCGUCCAGUGAGCUUUGAGGAAUGGGAGCGAGUGGAUGCGAAGGAGAAGGCAACUGGAAGGGAUCUUGGGAAACCGCGAGAGAAGAUCACAUCAUUGAAGGAAAUCCUCCAAGUCGCAUUUGCUGAAGUAGCUAGGGAGAGGAAUGGCAAUAGAGCUGUGUGA